CAACAAGACAAUGGAGAAUUUACUCAAGACACGAACUGUUCAAUACGGUCAUGCCGGAUUGCUCAUAACUCCUGUCGGCGCAUCCCUCAUGACCAAUGGAGUUGCGCGUUCCUUGAUUCAAGACUGGCGCCUGUGGAUUAGGUAGCCCAUGGCGAUGCGCCAUGUCGUAUUAACGUCGUAAACCACGACCGCAGUGAUAUUAAUUACUAUCGCCAACGAAGAAUAAAUCUUAAAUUGAACAAAUCAUCAACUGCCUGAAUUCUGUUCUCUAUAUAUGCCAGGAAGUCGAUUAGGAUUGUAACACUUCAUAUUUUUUUGGCCUAAGUGACAAAUACGAACUAUCUUGAUAGCCGCUUCAUGUUUUUAGGUGGUAAGAUUUAAUUCUACCUCCAGGAUAUCGCAUUUACCAUACUUCGGAAACAUGCAUAGGAAUAUUACUUCCGACUAAUGAGGGUCUUGCAUUUGACACACGGUUUAAAUUAGUCAACGAUUCUCAUGACCUGGCAUGGUGCGUUCUCCUUCGGUAUCAGCCGUUGAGAAUUUGCAAGACUCCUCGAAAUUUGAACUUCUUCAAACCCGCGUUUUCAACCUCUCUGCCGGAUGCCAUGGAGAAGCCUAAAGUGUUAAUCACCAAAAAAGAUGUCCCACAGAUCGCCAUACGGAAAUUACGUGAGCUGUGUGAUGUAGACAUUUACGAAGGCUCCUACCCGAUGCCUCGCGACCAGCUCCUGGCCAGAGUCGCCGGGAAAGACGGACUGUUCUGUUUCAUCACAGACCGCAUCAACACCAAAGUUUUAGACGCGGCCGGACGUAGCUUGCGUGUGAUCAGUACGAUGUCUGUGGGCUACGAUCAUCUCAGCCUCGAGGAAAUGAAAAGCCGCGACAUCAAAGUGGGUUACACGCCGGACGUGCUCACUGAUGCAACGGCCGAGCUGACGCUAGCGCUGCUGCUGGCCACCUGGAGGCGUCUGCUACAGGCCAACGCUGCUGCUACAGGCCAACGCUGCUGCUACAGGCCAACGCUGCUGCUACAGGCCAACGCUGAGCUUAAUAAUGGCGGCUGGGGAAGGUGCGUGUGGGGCCCCGUGUGGAUGCUGGGCAAAGGAUUGUCGGGGUCCACGGUGGGAAUAUUUGGUUUGGGGCGGACUGGACAGGCAGUACUCAAGAGGCUCGCGGGCUUCAACGUCGCCAAGUUCCUCUAUACGAGCACGACUAAGAAAGAGCUUGGUGGCAGUUACCCUGUGGCUGAGUUCGUAAGCUUCGAACGGCUGCUGCAGGAAAGCGACUUCGUAAUAUGCACGGCGGCGCUCAACGAACAAACUCGCGCCAAGUUCAACAAGGACGCCUUUGCUGCCAUGAAGAACUCGGCGGUCUUCAUCAACACCUCUAGAGGAGGACUGGUAGACCAAGAAGCGCUAGUGUGGGCCAUUCAGACCGGCCAGAUCAGGGCUGCGGGUCUGGACGUGAUGACGCCAGAGCCGCUCCCCGCUGACCACAUCCUCACCACCCUGCCUAACUGCACGCUGCUACCUCACCUCGGCACCUCUGAGGAAAGAACCCGCGCCGCCAUGGCUGAACUUGCCGCAGACAAUCUUCUUGGGGGGCUCAUCGUGGGGAAACAAAUGCCUAAAAGAUUAUGCUGAAACCAUUGCAAGAUAAGGAGUUUUUACUUGAGACACGAACGGUUUAAUAGCAUGAGGACAAUCAUAAAUUUCAUCGAAUAUAACAUUUUAUUUAAUACGGUGCAAUUGAUUAAAUGUAAGUUUAAUUUGUAGAUCCAAUGCAAUGUCAGAAAAGAAUUUACUUGAUCCUGUAAAGCAUCUUGCGCUGCAAACGAUGCUGGACUUCCCCACGCCGAAUCAUGUAGUGCAGGACUUUAUAAAUUGCACGUUCAGGGUAUUUCUGAAAUAUUACGUAGAUAUUAAUAAAAUCUAUAAU